AUGGCGGCUCAGCAAGUGUUCAUCGCUCUGCAAUGCUCCGAUUGCUCCAUGAUGCAGGUGAAAGUUGGAUUGAACCACUCGGCUGCUCCCUUAGUCGUCGCUGUGUACCUGAUUCUCUGGCCGUCUGAGCUAUUGUGAUCGAUCAGGUUAAGCAGCAGAAGAAGAGCAGCAACAAGUGGGUGUGCGCGGUUUGCAACCAGAGGCAGUCUGUCCGGAAGGUGUUCGCCCGCAGCUGCCUCGCCAGGGAUGUUCGGGGCUUCGUGCAGAGGUUCAAUAUGUCCAGAUCGUCGACCGGGGAGUCGGAGAGUCCGGCGCCAGCUCAGAUCGGAGCAGAUGCGGCGGAAGAAUACGGCGAUUCGAUUCGUUGUUCCGCUCAUUACACUUGUGGCAGUAGAGGGCGGACUGUUCCUCGAACCGAUUGGUCGCAGUAUUUGGAUCCUGACGAGGAAGGCGCAGUAGACGACGGUCCGUUGUUCCAUCGAGGAUGACGCCCUAACGGAGUUGCAAUUUUCCUUCUGAAAUCCUGACGAUCCCCACUGUAAGUUUACCGCUUGGAUUUCUAACCAUUCUGUGUCUGUAGGUUCAAACUCGGACACUAGAAUGGUGACGGAAAUGCCUAGAGAAGUGGUCAAGCGAGCCUUUUCGAAACUCCCCCCUAAGCAAAGAACUCUGCGGGAAAACGAAGCUCCCCGGCGAAUGUUAUCUGAGAGGAAGCAGAAGCAAAUCCCCCAGCCACAAGGCACGCCACAGCCUUCGCUCGAACCCUGUCCCCUUUUCUUUCCCCUCGACGUUGGAUAGGAUUCUCCUCCCGCAUUCGUGGAUUUUCGCUCACUCUCCUCUACUCUCCAGUGCCGUCUGACUGCGUUGCUUUGCAGUGACCGGCGGCCGCGAGAAACGCCAGCGACUAGCGAAGGGGGGGUCGUCUAAAUGGAGCGAGUACCUGCAAGAAGACGAUGCCUGCGCAACAAUUGAAGCAGGAGGGAUGUCACCAGAUCGUAACGUGAGCUCUGACGGCUACUCCCAUGGCCAGUUCACCGAGGCCUCCUUCGACGAGGAAGUCCACCCAGACUUCCUCUGA